CCGUAACAGUCGGUCGCCGUAUGCAAAUCAGGUUCAUCACGGGUGGAAAAUUUGUUAUUUUCGUCUUUUCGUGUCACGGGAAAUGGUUUAAUAAUACCAAAGUGAAAAAAAAUCGCUUGUGUACAGUUUGCCGGCUUCAAUUGCGUCGCGUUUGUUUUUCUUUUUCGUGAUGCAAGCUAGAUUUCUUGUUGAUCGUUGACGCCCUCCAAUGUAUAGUUCCGUGGCCACCGUUGACGCUUCCCGUCGGUUGGAUUCACUGGAACCGUGUGCCUCGUGUGGUAGUGGAUUGUAAUUUUAAGGUGUUCAGUAUUUAUUACUUUUAAACAAAAGACUAUAAUUUUGAAAGCGAGUGUAAGUGCAAAAGGAAGAUUCCUCCCCCGGCGCAACAAUGGCCGAUAACGUGACGGUGUCGAUCAAGGUUAGGCCGCUGAUCCGGCGGGAAAAGGACAGCAAGCUUACGCCGCAAUGGCGGAUCCGGGAGAACACGAUCCAUAACGUCGACGGGACCGGCGAGCCGUUCGUCUUUGACAACAUCUUCGACGAAACGGUCGCGACGCGGGAGCUGUUUGAUCGCGUGUGCCGGCCCGUUUUGCUCGCCUCGCUGAACGGCAUCAACGGGACGAUCUUCGCGUACGGCCAAACCUCGUCCGGCAAGACGUACACCAUGAUGGGGGACGAGACCGAGCCGGGCGUGGUUCCGCUGGCCGCGCGGGAGAUUUUCCGCGAGAUCGAGCUGAACAAGGACCGGCAGUUUCUGAUCCGGGUGGGGUACAUUGAGAUCUACAAUGAGAAGAUCUUCGACUUGCUGGAUCGGAGUAAUAAUGCGAACUUGAAGGUGUUUGAAAAUUCGUGCGGGGACGUUUCGGUGAAUUAUAAGGAGAUGAUUACGAACUGUCCGGAGCAGGUGAUGCAGCACCUGGAGGAGGGAAACAAGGUGAAGCGGAUCGGGGAUACGAACAUGAACGAGAGGUCGAGUCGGUCGCACACGAUAUUUCGGAUUACGAUCGAGUCGAGGGAGAUUGGACGGACGCAGGACAAUGAGAACGAUGCGGUGCAGAUCAGUACGUUGAACCUGGUGGAUUUGGCCGGGAGCGAGCGGGCGGACCAGACUGGUGCAACGGGGUCGCGGUUGAAGGAGGGAGCUCACAUCAACAAGAGUUUGCUUUCGCUGAGCUGCGUCAUUCAGAAGCUAAGCGAGAAUGCUGAGAAUCAAAAGUUUAUCAACUACAGGGAUUCGAAGCUGACGCGAAUCUUGCAGGCUUCGCUCGGCGGAAACGCCGUCACGUCCAUGAUCUGUAACAUCACUCCGGCGGCGUUCGAGGAGAGUUACUCAACGCUCUGCUUCGCCAACCGGGCCAAGAACAUCAAGAACAAACCCAAGGUCAACGAAGUUCUGUCGGAGGCCGCCAUGAUGAAGCGGCUGGAGAAGGAGAUCAAACGCUUGCAGGAAGAGCUUCGCUCCGAGCAGAGCAAAAACAGCAAAAUCAAAACCCUCGAACUGCAAAACGCCAUCACGAUGCGAGCCAACCAGAUCAUCAACUCCCAAACCCACCUCCAGUUCGACAAGUCCCGUCGUCGCACGUGGUGUCCCUCGACCGCCUCAUGCAUCCCGAAGCCCAUCGUCUACGAACAGGACACCCGCCUGAUGCCCCCUCCACCACCCUUCACCAAACCCAUCGACUGCAAAACCCCCUCCACCAACAGCGAAGUCGACGACCUCUCCCCCGUUAUCCGACCCGAACUGCUCGGCCAAAACUUCACCAAGGACCUGCUCGCCCGAAAGGUCCGCUCGACAACCCCCAGCCGCCAGUUCCUUUCCGCAAUGUCCAUGGACAGCGCCACCAUCCCGCCCAAUCCAACCUUCGAGUUCAACAACAGCGACGAGUUCGUGCCCGGCGAGCUGGCCGACUUUGGCGAUCGGUCUCCCCAGAGCAUGGCACGCGACAUUCACACCCCGUGUGCGUUGCGCCCCGCCGGCAAGCGGCGCUCGCGACGCUCCUCCACCGGAGACUCGCCGGCCAACUUUAUCGACCACGAGAAGAGAUGCAAGGAACUGGAGCAGGAGCUGCGUGAGCUGCAGGAGUUUACCAACCUCGAGAAGAACCUGGACCUGGCCGACCUGAAGCAGCAGCUGAGCUCGCGUGAGGAUCUGCAAAUCUACCAGGAGCAAAUCGACAGCCUGCAAGAGCGUUGCAAGGACCUUGAGGUCGAGCUGAGCCAGAAGCGCGAACAGGUGUUCGACGUCGAGCGGGAGCUGAUCGUCGCCCGGAAGGAGCGCGAAACGGCCGUCAAGGAGGCGGAGCGGUGCCGCAAUCUGCAGGAAAGCAUCCAGGUCGAGUUCGAGGUGUUCCAGGGUCGGGCCAAAACGCGCGAGAAGGAACUGAUCGAGUCGCUGCAGGAGGCCCGCGGCGAUCGUGGCGGAAGUAGUGGGAGUUGCUCCGGUGGACGGAGCAGUGCCGGGGGCAGUGUCGAAAGUCAGCAGAAGCAGCUGGACGAGACGCGGCGGGAACUGAAGCAGCUGGAGGUGCACAACUAUAAGCUGCAGCAGCAGUUGGAGCAGUGCACGACGGAGUUGGAGCAGCUGAGGGAGGCGGGCAGGGAUCACGCGGACAAGUUGGACAAGUUCCGGACGGUGCUGGAGAAAGAUAUUGGGCGGAAGGACGCGAAGAGGUUGUUCCGAGCGAUCACCAGCUUGCGGGCGAUUCUGGCGGACGAAGAUCUGCUGUUGAUUAACACCAGCGAUCCGGAUUUGUUGGUUGACAGCUUGGGGGAUUCCAGCUUGAACGAUAGUGCGGACCGGUCUUCGUCGUCGCCGCAGAAGGUGCUGCUCACGAAUGAGAACGGCAAGACGAGCGUCAUCUACGAGUUUAACAACAGUCAGAUCAUGGACAUCACUAUUGAGAAUGGUGAGCUGAAGAAAAAGGUCAAACUGUUGGAGGAAGACUUUGCGGCCUUGCAUCAAAAGUAUGCCGAGCGGCAAAAGUUGGGUGAUCAGAUCAAGGACCUUGAGCAGCAGCUGAACCAAGAGCAUGGCAAGGUGAACGGGUUGAGCAAGAGCCUUCAGGAAAAGGAAGCCGAGCUGAAGAAGAUGACCAGUGAGUACGACGAGCUGUCGACGCAGGUGAUGGAUGAUAUCCAGGAAAUGGAAAAGUACAAGAAUAGUACGGUAGCACUGGAGCAGCAGUUGGAAAAGAAGAGCGCCGACUUUGCUCAACUUGAACAGCAGCUCAAGAAUUCUGCAGAAGAAAUCCAAGUGCUGCGCAGCAGCGAAAAAGAAAGGACGGAGCAACUCGCGAGCCUCGAGGAAGAGUGCAGCAUAUCGAAACAGCUGGAGGAAGAACUCAAUCGGGAGGUUGAAGAAACGAGGUUGAAGUACAAGCAAGCGGACGCCGCACGGGGUGAGGCCGAGGCGAAGGUGAAGGAGCUGCAAGACACCAUCGGACAGCUGGAGAAAGAGAUUGAAGACUACACGAUUACCGUGCAGAAGCAUUCCCUGGAUAUUGAUUCGCUGCAGGAAUCGGUUGCGGAGAAGGAACAACAGUUGCGACAGGAGAAGGAACAGCUUGAUCAGCUGAUUCGGGAGAAGGAAGAGAUUCUACAGAAGGAGAUUGAUCAGAGAAGUGAGUUGGAAGCUAGCCUGAGUGAACUUAAGAUUACGCUGGAAGCGCUUCAAGAAGAAAAAGCUAAAUUUCUUGAAGAGAACGAUGCGCUACAGAAAACGGAGCAACUGUUGCGACAGGAGAAGGAACAGCUUGAUCAGCUGAUUCGGGAGAAGGAAGAGAUUCUACAGAAGGAGAUGGACUCAAUUUCUGAGCAAAAGGGAGAGUUGGAAGCUCGCCUUAGCGAACUUAAGAUAACCCUGGAAACACUUAAAGAAGAGAAAGAAACACUGCUGGAAGAAAACGAACUCCUCCAGAAACAGUUGGAAGCCGCAAGAGAACCCGACUCGGACCAACUCGAAGAAGUUGCAAUGCUCAAGCAGCGCAUCGUUUUCCUGCAAGAAGAGCAAGAACGUCUCACCACCGAAAAAGACACGAACCAUUACCGAAUUGAGACGAACGGAGGUGAAGCCCAGAAGCAAAAUCACUCCGAGAAGCCGCUGGAUCCGAGUCAGAUCGAAGAUCUCCGACGAAAGUGCUCGGAACUGGAGGUGUUGGUCAGCACAAAAGAGGAGGAACUCAAAGCCGCCAAGGAGCACACGAACCAGCUGACAAAGAUCGAGCAGGAACUGCUGGCAACCAAGGAGCAGAAGCAACAGUCGGACGAACGAGCGGACCAGCUGACGGUGGAGAUGACUGAUUUGAAGAACGAAAUCAACACGCUGCUUCAAGCCAGGCAACAGUUCGAGCACGAAGUAACCGAUUUCAAGGGAAAAAUCGCCGAUCUAGAGGCCGCGCUGGCAGACAACGAGACUGAAAAGAGAAAACUGCUGGGCAAAGUUCAAACGCUCGAGAGCGAGAUCGAGGAAUCGUCCAAGUUCCGGGACCAGCUGGAGCAGGAAGUGCAAGAAACGAAAAGUGCGCUGGAAAGUUUGGGCCAGGAGCUCAACGAGAAUAGCGAAAAGCUGGAGCGGUUCGAGAAGCAGAACGACGAGUACAAACAGGAGUUGAGCGAAAAGACUGAAACGGUGGACGAGCUGCGCCAGAAGCUGGAAGAAACUAAGAAGAGCGCCGAAAGGCGCGUCCAGGACACGAAAGCCGAACUCAGUGCGCAAGAGGACGCGAGGGAAGCCCUCGAGGAGCAGUUCCGGCAGUCAACCGAGGAACUCACCACGAUGGUGUCGCAGCUAGAGCAGUCGGCGCAGCGAGUCAACUCGCUGGAGAACCAAAUCUCCGACCUCAAGUUGGAGACGGAAACGGCCGAGCUGAACCGAUCGGCUGCCGAGCGGUUGCGGGAGGACGUCGAGCAGGAACUGAACGAGGUGAAGGAAUCGCUGGAAGAGGCGAAGGUCGACUGUCGGGAGAAGGAGAUUGAAAUUGAAGAUCUCAAGCGGGAGUGCCAGCGAUUGCUGCAGGAGACGGCGGAUGCCAAGCUGGAACUACAAAACGAUGUUGGUGAGGUGGAAGUGGCGAAGCAGACUUUGGCGGAAAAACUUCUUCAGCUUCGCGAUUACUAUGACGGCCAACUGAAGACUGAGAAGGAGCGAUAUAAUGAACUAGAACAAGCGAAAGAUCAGCUGGAAGGCAAGGUUCAGGAGUACGAAACAACGCUCAAAGCUGAACAAGACCGGUCGGAGGAACUGACUUCGGAGGUUGAAAUUCUCGGGCAGGCUAAACUUGAACUAGAAGAGAGCAUUCGUGAGCUUGAAGCUAAGAUCCAGGAGUUGUCGCAGAGUCAAGAAGAUGCUCUUAAGACUGAACAAGAAAGAUCAGCGAAGCUGACUGCAACGCUUGAAGAGCUGGAACAAACUAAGCUUGACCUGGAGGAAAGCAAUCGUGAAAGGGAAAGUCUGACACAGAAGCUCGAGACUGAGCAAGAUCGUACCGAGAAGCUGACUUCAAAAGUGCAAGAACUCGAGCAGGAUAAACAAAAACUUGAGGAGAGCGUCCGUGAACGGGAAGCGUCCGUCAAAGCCGAGAAAGAUCGCUGCAACGAGCUUCAGGUUCGCAUCGAUGAGCUAGAACAGGCGAACCUCGCUCUGGAGGUGCAAGUCAACGCGUUGCGAGAGAACCACGAGUCGAGCUUGAGCUCGGAGAAGCGAGAACUGGAGCAACAGUUGCGAUCCGUGCUGGAGAAUCACAAGAGUCUGCAGGAAGAGCACGCAAACCUUGUGGAAGCGAAUCAACAGCUAGAUCAAGAGAAGGUUCAGCUCAGUGCAGAGUUGAUCAACCAACGAUCGGCGUUGGUGAUCGUGGAGAAGAAGCUGGAGGCGGUCAAGCAGCAACUUGACGAUAAGUAUCUCGAGCUGGACGACAUGAAGCGCAAGUACAGCAGCAAGGUGACGGAGGUGGAAGCCAUCAAGUCGGAGAAGGUUCAGAUUACGACUGAAAUGUCUCAGCAACUGAUGGAGUUUGAGACUUGUCGUAAGGAGUUGACACACUUGUCGCAGACUCAGGUUCCGUCGAUGCAGAGCACGAUUCAGCAGCUGGGCGUCCAGAAGGAAGAACUGGAGCGAAAGCUGCACGUCAGUGCCGAGAAACUGUCCCGGAAAACGAGCGAGUUUCACUAUCUGGAGGAGCUUUGCGCGCGUGAGAAGGCCACGAACGAACGGUUGGCGCAUCAACUCGAGGAAGCGAAGCUUUCCCCGGCGCUCCAACCGGACGGUCGGCCCUCGCUUGGCGACGGCAAGGUCGCGCAAGCUCUGCGCAAAGAGAACGAAGAUUUGCUGAAGCAGCUGAACGAGCUGCAGAAGACGCACCUCUUCAAGACGAAGCAACUCCAGGACCGGAUCGACGAGCUGAAGAUUGUCGAGAUGGAGUACGGCAAGCUGAAGGAUGAAAUGGCCACGAUGCGACACAACUCCAGCUUCCAGGAAAAGGAAACGGAGAUCGUCGAGCUGACGCAAAAGAUCUGCCACUACGAGCAGGUGUACGAGGAGACCAACACCAAGCAUCGCUCGCUGCGGCGGCAGAACGACGAGCUGCGUGUCCGGCACCAAAACCUGGUGAUGGAGAUGGACGACCUGCGGCGUAUCGCGGACAAGGACCGCAAGUCGCGUCGCCAGAGCACUCACGACGAUCGGCGGGGUGUGCACUUCAACACGCGGGACAGCGCCACGAUGACGGAUCCGAGCUCAACCGACUGUAGCUGUCUGGAGAUGGACGCCCAGAUCAAGAACCUCAAGAAACAGCUGACCAUCAAGGACUGCCAGAUCAACACCCAGAAGAAGCUUGCCUCGGCAAACCCGCUCAAAAACGACGUCGUAGAGCUGCGAAACCUGCUUAAAGAUCGCGAACGCGACAUCCUCCAACUCCAGGACGAGAUUCGAACGCUAUCCCUAGCCACAGCGGACAAGCGCUGCAACACCUGCAUCCGCCAGCAGCGAUUGCGAGGCUUGCGCAGCGACAAAGCCGUUGGAACCGACCACGAGGAUUGCACCAAGGACCAAGACCAGCAAGCGGAGCCGGGUGCGUCCAAAAAGCUCGAGGAAGCGCAGGAGGAGCUUCGCAAGCUGAACGACAAGUACCAGCAGAUGAAGCGCCUGUGUCGGAUCCGCAAUGAGAAGAUCCAGGACCUGGUGGGCAAGGAAAACGAGAGCAGCGUGGCGAAUCUGAACGUCCAGCAGGAGGUUUCGCAGCUGCAGCGGCAGCUCAAGGAGACCGAGGACAAGUACGCGACCAUGCAGCGGAUGUACCAGAGCAAGUGCAACGGUGCUUCGGCGGUGAAGGUCGAGCGGACCGUGCAGACGGAAACGAGAAAUGACGAUAUGGAAAUGCUGCGUACCAAGUAUGAAAAGUACAAAUCGAUGUCGAUUGCCCUGUCGGAACAGGUGAUGGAGCUGAAGCGGCGGGUACCGUCCAAAUAGCGAGCGGUGAAACAAGUACUUUGACCUCUAGUCUGCACUACUAUACAACAAACAAAAAGUAAAAAUUCCGCCCUUUCCCCCUUUUUGGAGACCCGCUUGUGAUAUUGGUCGUGCACGUGUGAACGAAGAAUUGAGUGAAUCGUUGUUAAAUAAGCUAGAUUUUAUUGUGUGUAGAAUACGGUCUAAUCAAUACUCGGCAGUUGACGGUGGUAUCCACGAUGAAAUUGGUGAUGUUACGCAUUUAGAUUCGCGAUACCGCUGCCGUAAUAAUUUAUUCAUAUUAUACAAUAAAGCAUUGAAAUAUUAUUCGA